AUGUAUGUCUUGAUUAAAUUGGCUUGUGUCCAGUAUGAAGUAACUCAUUCUUCAUUACUAGCCAUCGCUACUUCGUAUACUCCCCUGAUCCAGCCGGCUGGACACCUCCGAGCCUCUGCUAUUUGGUUGAGCAUUCCACCGGAUGAUAUGCGUGCCCAUUUGCUCUUCAUUUCUGCGCUCUCCACGGCUGCCGAGGCACUCGCGCCUCGAGCGGCAGCAGCCGUCGAUGCUUCAACGAUCCAGGGCAAAUACAUGUUUGGAUACCAGGGCUGGUUCCGUUCUCCGGGCAAAGGGCUCAACACGCACUGGUCUACCAAUGGUGGAGUGCCUGGCCCUGGAAAUGCCGUCUUUGACUUUUUCCCUGACACAAGUGCGUAUCCAUCUGAGUGUCUUUUCGAUACUCAAUUUAAAUAUCCGAAUGGAACAACCGCCAAGUUAUACGACAACACCUGUGCUGGAGUGGUAGAUCUGCAUUUUAAAUGGAUGCAGCAGUAUGGCAUUGAUGGCGUCUUCGUUCAGCGCUUUUAUGGCGCUUUGAGCGAUGCUACGUUUUUGACUGUUCUAGACCUUGUACAAGCUUCUGCUGAGAAAUAUGGUCGCGUUUUCGCCGUCGAGUAUGACUUGAGCGGCGGUAACUCGUCACAAGCAAGUGUUACCAAUAAAAUCAUCCCCGACUACGUUAACAACAUCAAAAAAUACACCCAGUCUCCGGCAUAUGUUCAUCAAGACGGCAAGCCAGUCGUCAUGGCCUUUGGAUUUGGCGUUGCUGGCCGCGAUCUAAGUGCAUCAGACGCGUUUAAUUUGGUCAGAGACUUGCAAGCAGAGCCAGCUUAUGUUAUCCUGGGAACGACUAACACCUGGGCUGCUGAUGUCCGUAAUAACAAUGGUUUGGUAAACACCUACAAACUGGCCGAUGCAAUCAGCCCCUGGACUAUUGGCGCCUAUACCGAUGCUGGAUAUCUGAGCUAUAAUCUUCACUGGCAACAGAACGAUACCACAUUAACCAAUUCACUCGGUAAAGGUUAUGUGCCCGUGGCCUGGCCCGGCACUUCAAACUACCACCUCUCCAACGAUCUCUCCCACCUUGAUUACUUCCCACGAGACAACGGAAGCUUUUACGAACUUCAGGUCAACACUGUUAUGAAACAGAAGCCACUCUUUAUUUAUACCGCCAUGUUUGAUGAAGUCAAUGAAGGUACUGGGUCGUAUGCUUGCCUCAAAACUAACCAACUGCCGACAAAUGAGAAAUUCGUGGGGAUUGAUGAAGAUUUCACAUCGACUAACCACUACUUUGAACUCGCUCAGCAGCUGGCUACUUCAUAUAGAGCGCUGCAGUAA